CGAUCAGUGCUAGUAUGUGUGAUAUAACACAGUUGUGAUCCAGGUUUUUUUCUGUUCAUUUUGAACUUUUGAUGAAUGGAAUCAAUGUGGGAUUGGGAUGAUAUUGGAUUAUACCAUUAGUUGUUUACUCUAUGAAUAAGGCUUUUCUUUUCUAAGUUUUCCAUAAUCAUUAUGAAAAUUCAGUUCCAAGAAGUACAUGUAUUCAAAGUUGUUUCUGGGAUCUUAGAUAGUUGAUCAACUCAUCCCAAAAGCAAGGUCGGUAGUCCAAAGCGAUGAUAGCUGAAACAUUUUACAAAUGGAGGAUUGAGGAUUCUGAACUGCUGAAUUUGGAAUACAUUAGCAGGCACUAACCAAUAUACACUUCUAGACAAAAAUUUACUUGUGUUGCUUUUGGGUUGUUUCUAAAAUGCUUACCAUUGUUUGUCUUAAAGUUCAUCUCAUUUCUCAGAUAUAUUCAUCAGAAAGAUCUCAAGUACUCACAGUUACCUCUUCUUCCUCUAAUGUCUCAUCAUCACUAUGAAGCCAACCCUCAUUUUGCACGCCUUCCACCGCAGAAUCAACAUGUCAGAGGAGGUGCUUCCACCUCACAAACAUCUCCCCAUCACCAACCGUCCAUUCCACAAUCACACCCAAACGCUACACAUGUAAUCCAAACCAAGCCACAAGGUCGCAACCGCAAAGGUCCAGUCCACGAACCGCCACGUUCAACAAUACCUUUACCACUAAGCCCAGAAGAGAAACUACCGCCAAGAAAAGCUCCAAACUCAACAAAAAGACCAUUACUAUUAAGCCCUGAAGAACAAAGACCUCCACCAUCACAACCACCACGCGGUGGCGGCGGUUAUCCAACAACACUACCUCCAAUAGCCAAACCAACUCCAUGGAGAACCGCUCCAACUCCAUCACCGCACCACCGCGGUGGCCCACCGUUACCACCACCUUCAAGAGAUCAGACAAACGCAAUGACAUGGUCGGCUGCGUUCUGCUGCGCAAUUUUCUGGAUCAUUCUUAUUCUUGGCGGCUUAAUAGUCCUUAUCGUCUACCUCGUGUACCGUCCACGCUCUCCUCACAUCGACAUCUCAGCUGCUAACCUAAACGCUGCUUAUCUCGACAUGGGUUUUCUUCUGAACGGAGAUCUAACCAUUCUUGCAAACUUUACAAACCCGAACAAGAAAAGCAGUGUCAAGUUUAGCUCUGUGACAUUCGAGCUUUACUAUUACAGCACUCUUAUAGCUACUCAGUACAUUGAGCCUUUCAAGAUUCCUAAGAGAAUGUCCAUGUUUGCGAAUGUUCAUCUUGUGAGCAGUCAAGUCCAGCUCCAGCCAACGCAGAGCAAGGAGCUGCAGCGUCAGAUUGAAACUGGUCCGGUUUUGUUGAACCUAAGAGGAAAGUUUCACGCACAUUCGAACUUAGGGAUGUUGCUUAGGUACUCUUAUUGGUUGCAUACUCAUUGCAGCUUUUCAUUGAAUAGUCCUCCUUCAGGAGCUAUGCGAGCCAGAAGAUGCAGUACCAAACGCUAG